UGCGCGCGGCCCGGAGCGCGCGGCCGUCGGGGGCUCGCGGCCUCGCUCUCCCCUCCCUCCCUCCCUCCCUUCCUCUCGGCUGUAACUUGGCUGGCGAGGAAGAGGAGGAGGAGGAGGAGGAGGAGGCGCCGGCGGAGUCGGAGGGCGGGCCCUGGGAGGAGGGAGCUCCGGAGUUGUGGAGACUCUAGUGACGGGGACAAGUCGCAGCCCGCGCCGCUCGUGGCUCGCUCUCUCGCGCUCUCCUCUCACGCACGCACACACACACACACACACACACACCUACUCCGCCCCAACCCGCGCCUCUCCGGCUCGCUCUCCGGCUCUCGGCGCGGCGGCGGGGGGCACCCCGGGGGUACCCUCGCCCUCCCGGUGGCUGGUGGCCGGCCGGCCGGCCGGGCGGGCUCGGGAUGUGGCGCCUGGUACCCCCGAAGCUCGGUCGCCUGUCCCGCUCGCUCAAGCUGGCGGCGCUGGGCAGCCUGUUGGUGCUGAUGGUGCUGCACUCGCCGUCGCUGCUCGCCUCCUGGCAGCGCAACGAGCUCACCGACCGGCGCUUCCUGCAGCUCAAUAAGUGUCCGGCGUGUUUCGGCACGAGCUGGUGCCGCCGCUUCCUCAACGGGCAGGUGGUGUUCGAGGCUUGGGGCCGCCUGCGACUGCUGGACUUCCUCAACGUGAAGAACGUCUACUUCGCCCAGUACGGCGAACCCCGCGAGGGCGGCCGCCGCCGAGUGGUGCUCAAGCGCCUGGGUUCGCAGCGCGAACUGGCGCAGCUCGACCAGAGCAUCUGCAAGCGGGCCACCGGGCGGCCCCGCUGCGACCUGCUCCAGGCCAUGCCCCGCACCGAGUUCGCGCGCCUCAACGGCGACGUGCGCCUGCUCACGCCCGAGGCGGUGGAGGGCUGGUCGGACUUGGUGCACUGCCCCUCGCAGCGCCUGCUCGACCGCCUGGUGCGGCGCUACGCCGAGACCAAGGACUCGGGCAGCUUCCUGCUGCGCAACCUCAAGGACUCGGAGCGCAUGCAGCUGCUGCUCACCCUGGCCUUCAACCCCGAGCCGCUGGUGCUACAGAGUUUUCCAUCUGAUGAAGGUUGGCCAUUUGCAAAGUAUCUUGGAGCUUGCGGAAGAAUGGUGGCUGUGAAUUAUGUUGGAGAAGAAUUGUGGAGUUACUUUAAUGCACCAUGGGAAAAAAGAGUUGAUCUUGCUUGGCAGCUAAUGGAAAUAGCAGAGCAGCUCACAAACAAUGACUUUGAAUUUGCACUCUACCUCCUGGACGUCAGCUUUGACAAUUUUGCAGUUGGUCCUAGAGACGGGAAGGUCAUCAUCGUGGAUGCCGAAAAUGUUUUGGUUGCUGACAAAAGAUUAAUUAGACAAAAUAAACCUGAAAAUUGGGAUGUGUGGUAUGAGAGCAAGUUUGAUGACUGUGAUAAAGAAGCUUGCCUCUCAUUUUCAAAAGAAAUCCUCUGUGCUCGCGCCACUGUGGACCACAACUACUAUGCUGUCUGUCAGAACCUGCUCUCCAGACAUGCCACCUGGCGUGGCACUUCUGGAGGGCUCCUUCAUGACCCACCAAGCGAAAUUGCCAAAGAUGGCCGGCUCGAGGCCUUGCUGGAUGAGUGUGCCAACCCAAAGAAGCGCUACGGCCGAUUCCAGGCUGCGAAGGAACUGCGUGAAUAUUUAGCACAACUGAGCAACAACGUGAGGUAGUCCAUGGCGAACCCCCGUUUCUCCAUUUACAUAGCACUGGCUAAAACUCAACCACCAAAAACUGUCUGGAAACACAGGAUUUGGAAGUGUUACAUCCCGAGGAUCAUAGACUUGCACUGAUUUCACGUUGGCAUCCAUCACAACGCGAUGUUACUGUUCUUCAGCAAUCCUAUGAUGCUUUUGCAAUUAAGUAUGUUCUACUUCGGAGACUCGAGGUAUCGUGGACUGCGUUGCUGCCCUGUCCCCUGACGCCCGAGUGGAUUGAUGAGUGUUGUGAUGCUAUUGGAAAUGAGUCUGAUAGUUAAAUUGGCUUGUGUAUCAAAGGGUACUUGGUACUUAGUUCUCGUUACUAUCAUGAUUUUGUGAAUCUCUUGCAUUUACUUUUGAAUAUCAAGUUGGAUUGGCCUGUUUUAUAGGCCACCUUUCCCUUCCGCUGUGUAGGCUUUUGUUUUGUUUUGUUUUGUUUUCCUGUCUUUGUUGUUUUUAUCAGACUUUGUAACAUUCAGGUCACUGCAGUUGUUCAUUUGAAUUUUAGCUUGUUUUCCUUCACUUCUAAGCGGUACAUACUCACUGUCAGGGCAGGAUGCCCGGGUUUACUGUUUUUGCAGAAAGAUGAACAUUUUAUUAUGUAAAUAAUUUUUUCACACUUUCCGUAGUUUUCACUGUUGCAUGAUUUCAUUUGAAGUUGUUUAACAGUGACAUCGCUCUCUGCCAGUAAUUCUAAGUGUACGCUGAACCUGGUGUUAGGUGUUACGUUGCAAAAUGUCAUUUUGUCCUUUACCAUAAAGGCUUUCAGAAGAACGUGCUAGCAGUCUGCACCCUGAUGUUAAUUUUGGUUCAGAAAAAGAACUGUAACUCACUAUUUUUAAAAUGCUAACUAGUCCAAGAUAGUAACGCAAAUGCCAAAGAAUAUUAGACUUAGUCCCGUCUUUAGAAUUUUAAAUAGAAUUGGCCAGCCACGUAUUAUUACUAUCCUACUUGCAAUAUUUUAGCUCUAACAUUAUUAAAUGCAAAAUCUCCCUGGUUACUCCUUAAUGUUGAAAGUACUGCUUUCAAUAAUUCGUAAUACAAAUAUGCUGCUUUUUAUUCAUUGGUAAUUUCACAAAUUUUACCUGGUAGCCAUUAUUGAAGUCUAAUCAGACAUCCUAACUUGUUAUUUAUUGAUAGACUAAUAACUUUUAGUGGAAAGCAGACAGUUGAGCUAGUCUGCUUACCUUGGUCUUCAUCCAGUUGUUGAACAGCAAACAUCAGAUUUAAGCAUGUGGAUAAAAAUGAACAAAUGUAUUAAAUUUGUGAACCAUGUAAAAAUGCUAUGGCAUAGAAAUUGUCACUAACAAAGGUAAUUUUUUUUUUUUUGCUUGAAGUUAUUAUCUUUAGAACACAGGUUGGUGUAGUGUGCAGUAGUUACUUCUCGACUGACCUUAUUCUAUCUGAAUCAUAAAGUGACUGAAGUAUGCAUAACCAAAGCUAAGGUUUUGUUUUUCAUUCAUUCAGCAACUAUUUAUUGAGCGUUAGCUCUGUGCCAGGCACGUGACUAGCUGCUACACACUGGACGCGGCACAUGGCUAAGGCCAACCUUACAGUAAUGUCACAUACCUUAAGGCAGGUGUGUUCUGCCCCAGUGGAACUAGCGUUAGGAUGAUGCUUCACCUGUUGUGGUGAGAACUCUACUCAAAGAGGAUGAAAUCCUAGAAGUAAUCCCACUUUGAGAACUGAAAGAAAAAGAAUAAGAGCUCUCCUUUAGAAAACAUGGCUUUCUGUUACUUUUAUACAUGAUUGAAUUGCAUAGCCUUCAGGAAAACAUUGCAAGUGCUGGAAGUUUUACUGAGGUGAAUUUGUACAGCUGUGCAAAAUUUUUGCGAAAAAUAGGCAAAAUUGCUGAUAAGACAUUUCACCUCUUCAUCAGAACUUCGAACAAAACCCACACUUUCCCAGUGGAGCACCUUUUAUAUUUGAGAAGUAUUCGUUAGAAGCCUUAGAGUGCCAGUAUGGUCUGCUGCGGUUUAGCGAACUUUUAUCUUACUUUUGGGAAGAGCAGUUGUGAUUGCAGAAUAGGAAGGAAGAAAGAAAACAAUGCCAGCAGUGAUUGCUACUUUAGGUAGUUUGUUUUAUAACUACCAUCCUCCCCCCCCAUGAGAUUAUGUGGAAUUUCUUUAUCUUACGAUAAGAUUGAGAAGAUAGUGAAAGAAUUAGGAAUUUAAAAUUACAGGGAAAAAAAUGUAUGUGAAAAGCAAUAAAUAUUUUGUUCACUUUGCUAUCAAGAUGUUCACUAUCAGAUAUUUAUUAUACAGCAGCAAUUUAUAUUUUUAAUCAUUGUCCAUUAAUAGACGCAGUAAAAUAUUUUUGAAUCAGACAUUUGGGGUUUGUAUGUGCAUCAGAAUUGUCUUUUGUACUGUAAGUUACUGUUUAAUUUGAAUAUUUUAUCAGAACUGUCUCCCUGUGCCUUUAUAUUAUAAAAGUUGUUUCUACAACUUUUAAUGAUCUUAAUAAAGAAUCCUUUAAAGACU